AUGAGCUCAAAUCAUACAGUUCUGUACUUUACACAAGAAUUGACUCGUUUAUUGAAAACUGCUCAAGAAGAAUGGGGCAUAAGUGUAGAAAGUGCAAAAGGAAAUAGAACCAGCCCUGAAGUGAAACCCUUUCCGCAGUCUUUAUCUGUGCAUCCACUUGGCCCUGUCAACAUGUCUCAACUCGCGACUGAAUUUUCCAAAAACAUAAAUAUGUUACGAGAAAUUUUAAAAAGAUUUCGUGAUUCUUUACUUAGUGCAGCAAAUUGUGGGCCACAAGCAGAACAGCAUAUACGUAAAUAUAUUCAUAAUUUAAAAGAGAAGGCACAGAUUACUGGAAUUCUUACAGAUACACAAGAGAAUUUAAAUAUUUGCAAAGGCAUGAUCUUAGAUGCAUGUACUGAUUAUAUGGAUGAUUCACAUCUCACUAUGAAACAGGUUGUGAGAAUCGCCCAAGAUCACGGAACUGGAACAUUGAUCGAAAAAACUGCAGAACAAAUAGGAACAAGUAGAACAAAUUUGGCAAUUGUCUUAAAACUUAUAGUUCUUGACGUGGAAUUUGAAGAUACUUCGCAACAAAUAUUAAAAGCAAGAGUUAAUUAUGGGUCCGAAACGCUUCAGGAUCCUAAUGUUGAUAAUCUAUUGACCACCCAGUUACAAUCCAGGAAUUUCAAACUUUUUCGGAAAAAUUUUUCAGCAUUGCACAAACUUGACGAAUUCUGCAAGACAUAUAUGGGAAACGAUUUUUUUUUUGAACGGAUGAAAUCACUUGGAACCGAUAUAUUUUCUAUAUAUGAAAGAGAGCGGGCUAUUGUUCAAGAUGAUACUUCUCGAAUAUUGACACAUGGUCACGGUCUUCCAUUGAAUAAUAUGGAUAAAAUUGGUCCUUCUAUUGCUUUUUGGGCCCCUCGUUACGUUAUUUUGGAGACGAAUUGGGAACUAACGGUAAUAAAGCAGAUUUUGAAUCGAGGACAAAUGAAUGUCAUGCACGACUCGUUAAAAAGAUUUCAUCGUCUAUGGAUCACCAUGGAGGAAUCACAUGUUAUGAAUGUGUUUUUGCCUUCAAACACCUCAUAUUUGUUGGCAGGAGAUGAUAUAGACGAAAAUCUCAAACAGAGCUUUGACGUUGUCCCAGAUACCACCUGCGCAAACAUUGCAUCGCAUAUUACAUCAGAACCUUCACCACCAUUGAAAUUUAUAUACCCCAAAAAGAGCGCUACCGAGGGCGCUACCGAAUCAGCAUAUGUUCAUUUUGUGGCGUGGCUUGAACCAGCGGUGUAUGUUUCUGAUAGUGUGGCAAGGGCGAUUGGAAAUCUUGCUUCAAUAAAAAGCAGAGGUCACAUUGUAAGCUCAAUGUUUGAUAGUAGUAAUAUGAUAGAGACCGUUUCUUUAGAAAAACUCCUAAUUCAAGAUGCUGUUCCGAAUCCUACAUUGGCCACACUUUCAAGUUCACUAAGUUUGGAAACACGUUGGGAGAUGCAAAUUGAUGAGUUGUCACCUUUGCAAAGAUAUAGUUUUGCAAGUCAUGGUCAGACUUAUGCACGAAAAGUUGACCGUAUUCCUUUUAUACAUCCCGUUGAUCUUUAUGAGGCAAUAAAGGCUUUACGGCAACAACUUACUUUCAACACUAUAUUUCAAAGCAUAUUCAAUUCAACUAGUUAUCGACCAACGUCUCAUUUUGCGCACUCUGAAGAAACAAUGUUCGGAGAAAAUAUUUCAUCAUCUAUCAAUAUCAAAGUCAUGACCCAAGAACCACCCAAACAAAUGCUACUCACCCUCGAGCUUCCCAAGCAACCUCCGUUAUCAUUACAAAUAGUGAUACUAGCCGAGGACGGACAACCAUACGUGAUGACGCUGCAGGGCGAAAGUGCUGAAUACGACCGGAAGAUGACCCAGGUAUUGCAAUUGUGUCAAAAUGUACCAAUGCUCGUCAGAUGGAUAUGGAAAUCGAUGUUGAAUUCGGAUGUUGCUGCAGAUGAAGACAUGAGUGACGCUAAUAUAAUUGAGACUAGUGAUGUGCAGCCGUUCACUUUAGAGGAAUUAAAGGAAUUAAGUGAUGAUGGUGUACCAAAGAAAGAUGAAUUAAAAGAAAUUCUGAAAAGAAUUGGCGCGAGAUGGA